GGGGCAGACCUGGCCCUGGGCUCCCACUGCCAUCUGCUCCUCCAGGGCUGGCGACACUGAGAGGAUGCUGGGCCGCUUCCCGCUCACCCUGGUGCUGCUCAGCGCCACCUUGGACCUGGCUACAGCGGCACUGACAGGAAUCCACCAAGCCGGGUACUGCUCCUUCUACGGCGAGUGCGGGCGGAACCCCGAGAUCAACGUGAGCCUGCUGUGGUCGCCGGUGCCCUGCCUCUCCAACACACCGGCCCGGCUGCUCAGAGACGCCACCCUCAGCAAGCUGAAGGAGGUGUGCCCCCAGCUGUACACGGGCGAGAACACCACGUACGCCUGCUGCUCCUACAACCAGCUGGUGGCCCUGCAGCUCAGCCUGGCCAUCUCCCAGGCCGUCCUGACCCGCUGCCCCGCCUGCUCCGAGAACUUUGCCAACAUCUACUGCCAAAACAUCUGCAGCCCCAACCAGAGCCUCUUCACCAACGUCACUCGCUUCUUCAACCGCACCACCAUCCUGGGCACGCGCCAGGUGGGCGUGCUGGAGUACCAGUGCUUCUACAACCAGAGCUUCGCUGACCAGUCCUACGACUCCUGCAAGGGCGUCCGGAUCCCUGCCGCUGGUGGCUACGCCAUCGCUGCCAUGUGCGGCAAGUACGGUGCCACCCUGUGCACCAGCCAGCGCUGGCUGGACUUCAAGGGGGACAGCAGCAACGGGCUGGCCCCGCUGGAUAUCGACUUCCAGCUGGUGCCUGCCAAUGGUGCCGUUGGGGAGGGCAUCGUGCCGCUCAACGGCAAGACUUGGCGCUGCGGCGAGGCCGUCAGUGCCGACGGGGAGCCGUGCUCCUGCCUGGACUGUGCUGAGUCCUGCCCACAGAUCCCCGCCCCCACGCCCCAGCCCCCACCCUUUUAGGUGGGCAGCCUAGACGGGGUCUUGUUUGUGUGCUGUCUGCUCUUCUGCCUGCUGACCGUGCUCUUCGGGGCCUUCCUGGUGUGGCGCUGCAUCUCCAGAUCCAGGCAGGCCAGCGGCAAGGGGCGGCAGCACCAGAGGGACCGGAUGACAUGCCCUGCCCUGUCCUGGGGGUGUCCAUUGGGGUAGGAGCCAGCUCACCAACUGCCAUGCGUCUGAGGAAGUGGGCAUUCACCCCCGAAAGCUCAUGCUCCAAAACGUCUGUUAGUCUAUAAGGUGCCACAGGACUCUUGGUCCCUUUUUACAGAUCCAGACUAACACGGCUACCCCUCUGAUGCUUCUCACCAACAGUGAGCAUCCUCCGGGGCCCUCUCCCUGCCAAGGGAAAGUCCCUGCCUGUGCCAGGGGUGUGCUGGCUUCGUGGCCUGGCUCAGCCCCAUGCACCCCAGGGCUCAGGCUGGGGGCACUCUGCUGCAAGCCUUGGCAGGGCUUAACGGCCCCAGACACCAAGGCUUGGGCGAUCUAUGGGGGUUUCUGAGUACAUAUUGCAGCUUGGGGUGGCUGGUAGAUCCCAGACAGCAAUGGGUCUCGUGGGGGAGAGGGGGCAAGUGUGC